CUACACAGCAGGUAGAUUUAAGAAUUAAAUGCAAUAAAGAAAUAUUCCGGCUCAGCCCUGUUUUUAUUUUAUUAAAAGGCCAAAAGUGCAGGGCUGCACUUGUGUUUUGAUAUUAUGACAUAUAUGAAGAACAUAUGUAACAUAUUGUGUGUAGAAAAAUAGUAACAUAUUUAUCGAUAGUUUGAAAUUCAUAAAAUGAAUCUUGGAAUAAAUACUCUAUUAGGAGAUCUAAAAUCUACUUUAUUAAAUAUAACGAGAAGUGCUAGUAAGAAAGCUGGUGGGAGCACACGAAAUAGAAAAGGUCAUGCUAGACCUAAACAUAGAGGGUGGAAAGUUAACGAUGGACAUUAUGUUAGUAAGGGGACACUCUUAGUUACUCAAUUAUCUACCAGAUUUCACCCUGGAUUGAAUGUUGGAUUUGGUCGUAAUGGUACUUUAUUCGCUAUGGAACAUGGGAAAGUGUACAUAACAUGCGAGAAAGUAGACUUAAAUUGGGAUCAUUCGUGGGUUCAACGCAACUAUGCUGGCCGAGAAAACCAAAUUAUUUAUAAAAAAUAUUUUAAUGUUGUCCCGGAACCACAACAUAACCGUUUUAAAUUAGUAGAAUAAAUGUGCUUUACACAAAAAAGUCAUAAAAUAGAAGAACUAAUCAGAUGUGGUUUAAAUUUACUUUUUAUUAAUAAUAAUUUUUCUGAAUGUGUAAACUUA